AAUCUUGUUUAAUUGACUUAACCCAGUAAGGAGAGGUAGCCGCCUCCUUCAGGACUGCCUCAUUACUCUUCCACACUUUAUCUUGAUAACUUGCCCCUUGAUUCUUCAUCGUUGGUCCACAACCACAGGAAGGUCAUGGGAAACGCACAGAGUGGAGGGAUUCCCAGAGAGAUCCUGGAUGACCUCAAGCUGACCACCAGGUUCUCAGAAUCUGAGAUCACCCAGUGGUAUGAGAACUUCCAAAAGCAGUGUCCAACAGGUCGAAUCACACUAAAGCAGUUUGAGGAGAUCUACGCUAAAUUCUUCCCCGAGAGCGAUGCCAAGUCUUACGCCCAUCACGUUUUUCGGUCCUUUGAUACCAAUGAUGAUGGGACAUUAGACUUUAAAGAAUACGUUGUUGCACUUCACAUGACCUCCUCAGGCAAGUCAAGUUUGAAGCUGGAGUGGGUCUUCUCACUGUUUGAUGUGGACAAGAAUGGUUACGUCACAAAGCCUGAAGUGAUUGAACUCAGCGAGGCACUUUUCAAACUCAUACCAAAAUCAAAGCAAGCAAGUCUUCCCAGUGAUGAGAACACGCCAGAGAAGAGAGCAGAGAAACUCUGGACCAUCUUUGACAAAAAGGACAACGAACGAGUCGCAGAGGGAGAGUUCAUCGAGGUCAUUGAAUCAAACGAGGUUGCGCUACGGCUCAUUCAGUACGACCAUAAAUGAUGUAACGUGAUUAUGUUCAUGCAAGAGGCAGUUUUGACUUCAUGUGCAUUUGUUGUAUAUUAAAUGUGUUCAUUAAAGGAUCGCCACCCUUAAUUUGUUCACCACUGUGUUCUGCUAGUUUCACAUAUCUUUUUAUUAAAGCAACUGCAUGUACGUUUUUUUCGUUUUUUACCUUGAAAUAUAGUGGUUACACUUUAAGAAUAUCAUUCCUUCAUUAUGAAUAACUACACAGGAACAAAUGACUAAUGCACUAUUAACAUUCUAGUAACUACUAUUGACUAACAAGAAAUUCUGAUUUAUGAAUCAGUAAGUAAUAGUGCUCAGUUGAAAGUAGUUCAUUAUUAGCUAAUCAGUAACUACUAUUUUUUCAUAUCUCCCAAAGAACUACUAAGGACUGCUAUAUACAUGUUCAUAAUUAAUGAAUGAAUAAUAAUGAAUGAUGCAAAAUGGUAACCCACUAGUAACGACUAAAGUGUUACCAAAGCCAUCAGAAGUAUAACUAUCCAGAACCUUACAAAACCUCGUUUUUAACGACUUUAGUCAUUACUAAGGAGUUAUCAUGAUCUUCACUUUAGAAUACGGAUCCAAAUUAUUAGUAAGUAAGUAAAAGUGUUUUAUAAUAAUACCCCAGUCAUUACUAGUGGGUUACCAUUAUCUUCAUUUUAGAAUUAAUUAUACAUUUUGCAUUAUUUACAUUAAUUAUGAACAUGUAUAUAGUAGUUCUUAGUAGUUCUGUGGAAGAUAAAAAAAAAAUAGUUACUGAUUAGCUAAUGGUGAACUACCACGUUCAACUGAGUGCUAUGACUUACUGAUUUGUUAAUCAGAGUUUCUUGUUAAUUAACAUUAGUUACUAGAAUGUUAAUAGUGCAUUAGUCAUUUGUUCCUGUGUUGUUAUUCAAUAAUGACGGUACUGUAUUCUAAAGUGUUAUCAAUAUAGUUUCUAUACAUAUAUAUAUAUAUAGUAGAAUGAAAUAUUAGUCAAUAUAAGUCAUUCUGAUGGCUCACUUCUAAUAAAAAAAGGCUGUUUGUUUCCCACACUUUCUCCAAACAUCUGAUCUGGGAGUAUGUAAGCAAAACCACUCUGAUGUAAGUUCGGAUGUAAGGUACGAAAUUCUGCCAAGAUAGCGAAAUGCUUUAAGGCAGCAACAAAUACAUGUGUAGUCUACAUCUGUCUACUGUUAUUAUAACAGUGAUAUAUUUAGGACAGUGAAUUCCACUCAUUUACUUGUAGGUGGCUCCAAAGUCGAAAAUAUAUACAAAACUACACACAGUUGCUUUAAGCAAUAGCGUGUUUUCACGAUGUGUCGAUUGGCCAUAUUGGCGGCACUGAAUGUAAACAAUGCCACUGAACGGAACGCAACUCACAUAUUUUGCUUAAUAUUGCUGCUGAAAAUGGUCAGUUAUUUUUAUGUUUUGGGGUGUACUAAUCGGUCAGACUGGGGAAAAAUUUGGAUUACUACAGGCUGCCAAAAGUUACAACAAAUCAAGAAGAGUGCAAAAGGAGGAACAAAAGGAGUUUGUGUUUGGCCAAACUGAACCAGGAUUUCUGCACCUUUUCCUGCUUACUAAGUCAUUCUCUAUAUGAUUUAGCAGCUUCCACAUGUUUAUCCCAUGGUUUAGGCAGCAUAAAUUAGCAGAACAACGUAGUCAGUAGUACACUAACCGUGCAGUCCAAGCUGUUGUUUACAUCCGAGUAUCGCCAAUAUGGCCGUGCACCCGGAUAACUGACCAAAUCGUGACAUCCCUCUACAGACAGUGUUUUAAAAAUAGUUGCAAUACUGUGUACUUUCGACUGUAAUUUCUAGGUUAUGGUUAGGCCUGUUGGAUUUCUGUCAUGCAUUUGUUGAAUUAGAGGUUUGUAUGCACAGCACUUUGCUUAAUCACAUACCUUACAAUUCUAAUAGUCUUUUUUAGAUUGCAGUUUGUCAGUUUGCGCUCAGUUGAUGUAUGCCAUUUUUAGUGUCCAUUUGAACAUAGUGUCAUUUCAUUGUAUGUUAAUCUAAACAAGCUUCUAAUUGUUUAUUUUUGCACUAUAUUACACUGCAUAACAGUUGUAUAAGGAUUUUUUUCCAGACAAAUAUUUGGUAGUUAUUGACUGAAUGGAACAUUAUAAAAAUAACAACAAAUGCAAUUGUGUGUAUACUUUUACCAUAACUUGAAUAUGCUGUCACCUGACCAAAACUAAGAAAAUGUUGUCUUAAAAUCAUGCAAAAACUUACCUCUCAUCUUCUGUCCUUUAUUUUUGAGUUUCUCAUACUCUCCAUCUCUCACUUGAUCUCUGUCUCUUACUGGGGAGAUUAUUCAUAUAAUCUUCUGUCCAGCUUUUGAAAGCAUCUGUCUAAAGCUGCUGGAAUUCCUGUUUAUCUGUCCAUCGCUCCAUCUUGUUGUAUAUUCAGAUUAUGUGAUAUAUUGUGCUUGGUGAUCUUA